AUGCCCAGAAAUCGGUAUUUAAAUUUGAUGAAAUUUCUGCAUUUCGUUAAUAAUUAUCAUUUAGACCAAAACGUACAUGGUGCUGAUAGAAAAAUUGCAAAAAUUGCGCCCAUCAUAGACUAUGUCAAUAAAAAGUUUAGGCAAUUGUAUACUCCUGAAAGAGCUAUAAGCGUUGAUGAAUCAUUACUACUUUGGAAAGGUCGUUUAUCCUGGGUUCAAUACAUUCGAUCCAAAGUAGCAAGAUUCGGCAUCAAGACUUACGAAUUAUGUGAGGCUAAACAGGAUAUCUUCUGA